ACUUUGAUUUGCAAAACUGAAAAUUCCCCCAAUGUCCACAGAAGAGUAGAAUGUACCAUUUGGCAGGUCAAGAAAAUGCCCUCCCUUAUUCUUCGUCCCUGCCUCAUUCUUAAUCCUACAUUUUCAGCUCGCUAAGUUGUAGCGACUGGAAUCAUUCUUGGUGAAUAAUGCUGGGCCACGCUGAAGAUUUGUGGCUGAGAGCCGGACCCUCGUCAUCGCCACGUACUUUGUCAAUGAGACAGGGUAACCCAUGGUUACUGAGCUGCGAUCGGGAAGGGGCAGAGAGCCUCCGCUCCCCACUGCUCUAUAAAAGAGACCCAGCAAAGGGACCCUACCAGCUUCUAGCUCUCAGGCUGCGCGAAGGUGUGGGAAGGAAAGCCCAAGACCUCCGGAGCAGAGCAUACCAGCUGCCGACGCAAGGCCAGCAUGUCACCUAACUUCAAACUUCAGUGCCACUUCAUUCUGAUCUUCCUGGUGGCUCUCAGAGGGGAGAGCCGGUACCUAGAGCUGCGGGAAGCGGCGGACUACGACCCUUUCCCGCUCUUCAGCGCCAACCUGAAGCGGGAGCUGGCGGCGGAGCAGCCGUACCGCCGCGCUCUGCGGUGCCUGGACAUGCUGAGCCUCCAGGGCCAGUUCACCUUCACCGCCGACCGGCCGCAGCUGCACUGCGCCGCCUUCUUCAUCGGCCAGCCCGAGGAGUUCAUCACCAUCCACUACGACCUGGUCUCCAUCGACUGUGAGGGCGGGGACUUCCUGAAGGUAUUUGAUGGUUGGAUUCUCAAGGGGGAGAAGUUCCCCAGUUCCCAGGAUCAUCCUCUCCCCACGACGGAGCGGUAUAUAGAUUUCUGCGAGAGUGGUCUGAGCAGGAGGAGCAUUAGAUCCUCCCAGAACGUGGCCAUGAUCUUCUUCCGGGUCCAUGAACCAGGAAAUGGAUUUACGUUAACCAUAAAGACAGAUCCCAACCUCUUUCCCUGCAAUGUCAUCUCUCAGACCCCAAAUGGAAAGUUCACCCUGGUAGUUCCACACCAGCAUCGCAACUGCAGCUUCUCCAUAAUUUAUCCUGUGGUGAUCAAAAUAUCUGAUCUCACCCUGGGACACUUAAAUGGUCUUCAGUUAAAGAAAUCCUCAGCAGGUUGUGGGGGGAUAGGAGACUUUGUGGAGCUGCUGGGAGGAACUGGAUUGGACCCUUCCAAGAUGAUGCCUUUAGCUGAUCUUUGCUACCCUUUUCAAGGCCCUGCCCAAAUGAAAAUUGGCUGUGACAACACUGUGGUGCGCAUGGUCUCCAGUGGGAAACACAUAAAUCGUGUGACUUUUGAGUAUCGUCAGCUGGAACCAUACGAGUUGGAAAACCCAAAUGGAAACAGUAUCCAGGAAUUCUGUUUGUCCAGUUUUUGAGUGACCAACCCAGUGAUUUACAUGCUGCUAAGUGAGUUUUUAAUGGCUCUUGUAUAUGGUUUUGAUGCCCAGCUAGUUAAAAAGCUUUUCAGACCAGUCAGUAUUUCCAGCCUUGAGCACACAUACAUACAUUAAUUUUUGUGCUUUGCUUUUUUUUUUGUUCGUAAUAGAUAAGUGAACACAUGGCAGAAAAUAAGCCCCUAUUUGGUAGAAAAAAAUUUUAAAUGGAAAUCUUUGUGCUGCUUUGGUGUAUUACAAACCUGAAACUGGUAAGACGAGUGGGAAACAAUAAAAAAUUGUAUCUCAAGGAAAGAAAAAUGGUGAUACUUGUUUUCUGUUUUAUAACAGAAAAAAUUCAAAGUCUUGUGUAGGGCAAAGUAGUUGCAUCUGUUUAUUACUCUGUUUACAAGAGACAGUAAUUAUAGCUAUUAUUUAUUGAUUUGUAACAACUUGUUUUUAAUAAAACUUUGUAGCAUGGAAAAAAUUUUCCAGCCACAAAUACAUACAUGAAUAAAUAUAUUGAGAAAGUUGGCACC